AAUAAUCCAAGACCACUAUUAGUCAACUGGACGGGCAAUAGUAAACUAAAUUAAUGUUUACAACCAUUACAAAAAUUGGAAUGUAUUAAGUUGUCUAUUUAUUAGAACUUUUAUGGAAAAUGUGUUUAGAGUUAUAAAAGCAGAGACUAGAGUGCUACAGAAACUGAUAAUAAGCUGUAAUUUUACUUUGUGUGAAUAUCAAAGAGGAUAUUACAGUGAUUUAUUCUGAAGUUUUAUAAUUUUCUUCCUUUGUUUUUCAUUGGCUUCAUUACCUGUGAGGAGGAACAAAGAAUUGGUACAUCAUUAUCUGGGGUGUGUGUGAAUUAUUCAGAGAUGACUUGUAGAUGAGAUUGAGGCUGUCCAUUGGUACCUGGGCGAUUCACCUGACCAUUAAUUAUUUACACCAAGGAACCAUUGCCUAGCUUGUAUACAACAUGAAUUUCUAGAAUAUCACAAGAUCACCAUGGAAGGAUAUAUGUAGAGAUUCAGUAUGCAGAUAGAUAAAAAGAUGAGCUUAACAGUUUUGUUGUUGAAUUUGCUGCCCCUGGCUGCAGGUCAGCUGUCGGUCACCUUUCUGGACACAGCGGUAAUGGUGAAUGAGGGAGAUCAAUUUGCACUGAGAGUUCAGAAGUCAGGACCGGUAACUCAAGUCAUCAAUGUGGUUGUGUCUGUCAAGAGUCCCACAGACACCAACAAUGAUUUUGUCGGCAGCAGUCAGGUCGGUUCAUUUUACCCCCUUGGUCCCGAUGUGAUAAAUGUGACAUUUACUGUCAAUGAUGACAAUGACCCAGAGACUGAGGAAACUUUCACUUUUGAACUGACUGUCAUCAGUGCAGGGGUCACUGUGGAGGCCCCCAGGAUUGCUGCAGUAACCAUAGCAGCCAAUGAUGAUGCCUAUGGAGUGUUCAGUUUUCUAGACACGUCGCCUAUACUGGUAACCGAGGAUACCAUAACAUCAGUAGUAAAUCUACGAGUUGGUAGAGAAAAAGGCACUUAUGGUCAAGUGACUGUAUCCUAUCUGGUGAAUAGUUCAGAUCCAUCCGCUGUUCCAGGAGUUGACAUUUCCCCCCGGACAGGGGUAAUGGUGUUCCAGCCAGGCGAGACGCAGAAUUAUCUGCAGCUUCAGAUCCGAGCGGACAGUAUUCCGGAGAAUAAUGAAGAAUUUCGAGUGACGAUGACCAGUGCAACACAAGGGGCACGAGUGACUGACACAGAGGUGAUGCUGAUCAUUCAGGCCAAUGAUGCUCCAAUCAGAUUCCAGCAGAGUGAGUACAGAUUCGAUGAAGGUCCGGGAGACAAAUCAGUAUCUAUUCAAGUGUUAAGAGGAAUUGAUGAGGAUGGACAGUCGAGAAUUGGAUCCGUUAAUAACAUAGCAUCUGUGGACUACUUCCUGGUGUCUGACACAGCGACAUCCGCGUUAGACUUCCGGGGAAGCAAUGGACAGGUGGUUUUCUUUACUGGAGAAACAACAGGGAAUAUCCAAUUAGAAAUUCUGGAUGACAGUGAUCCAGAGAUGGAAGAAACAUUCAGUAUUGUGUUAUCUGGACCUAAAGGAGAUGUUAUAGCGACCUACCCCACCACGAUAAAAAUCCGGAUUAAUGCUAAUGAUAAUCCUAAUGGAGUUCUCAGUUUUGUAUCUCCUAAUGGUGUCUCCCCUCCAGAGGUCAGAGUAGGGGAGGACACAGGAAGAGUGGCUGUAUUUCCUGUUCAAAGGAAAGCUGGGACCUUUGGAUUAGUUUCAGUCAUGUGGCAAGUGUUCCGAAAUGACAGCACACUUGGGGAUGUCAAAAGUGAUAUCUCCUUGACGUCUGGAAUGAUUGUGUUCCAGGCAGGCCAGACUCAACAGAAGCUGAAUAUUUCUGUAGUUAAUGACAACAUCCCAGAGCCCACGGAGCGGUAUGUAGUCCGGCUGAUGGUAGGGACGGAGACCGGCGGGGCCAGGGUGGAGGGGAUAAUGGAGGGUGUGCUGAUGGUGGAGGACAGUGAUAAUUAUUACGGUUCUAUUUAUAUCAGUCCUGAAUCGGACCACAGGAUCGUGGUGACCACUAAUCCUCGAUAUCUGCAAGUUACCAUACAGCGAUCCAAUAACAACCAAGGGGACAUAACUGUGAACCUCACUGCUACUUAUACAGGAAGUGGAAGUGUCAAUGAUAUUUUGGAGACAACAUUUCAGCAAGCAGACAUGUUUUCAGGACAGACCAGUCAGAUUGUGAAGUUUAAUCUGUUCUCCUCAGCAUUUCUCAAUGUGGGAGAUACUUUUAGGGUGACCUUGUCAGGAUACAAGUUGAAAACAGAUCCAGCUUUUGGAGCGUACAAUUCUCCCACUCUUGGAAGCAAAAUUGAUGCCACUAUCCCUGUAACUCUGACUGUAGCCAAUGGAGAGAUAGGAUUCCAGAGUGUUCAGCCAAUCACAGUCAAUGAACCAGAAGAUACCCCAUAUUCUGUGGCCCUAAAAUUAACAAGAGAAGGAACAAGUGGCAGAGCUACUAUUCAGUGGUCACUCAAAGGUUCAGGGGUCAAUGCUGCUAUGGUAACAGCAUCUGAUACUGGCAGUACUUCUGGAAAUGUAACAAUGGAAGCAGGAAGCUCAGAAGCGGUGUUAUUCAUAACCAUCAUGCCAGACAGUAUUCCCGAGUUAGAGGAGAUUGUUACUGUAACUUUGACCUCAGUGUCACAAUCUGACACUCAGAGGUUAAAGGUUGGUUCCACCCAGACAACAAUCAUCAUUCCAGAGAAUGACAACCCAGGCGGCACCAUUCAGUUUUCUUCAACAAUGAAGACCUCCUACCUUGUUAAGGAGGGGCUGUCUGCCAUUGAUGUGGUGGUGGAGAGGUCAGGAGGGGACCUUAUUACACAGUAUGUCCAGUAUGAGGUCCAGCCUGGGGGGAAUUCCGAGUUCUAUGGGUCCACCAAUGUCCUCAAGUUUGACUCUGGAGUACGAUUUAGGAAUUCUACCUUGCUGGCCAUAGCUGAUGGCAUUCCCGAGCUGAAAGAGAAAUUUACACUGAGAUUGCAGCCAUAUGGAAACUCAUCAGGGGCCAUUGGAAGUUUUUCAUCCAUAGACAUAGAGAUUGAGGAGAAUGAUGAUCCAUAUGGCCUCAUACGCUUUCAGUUGGAUCCGGCUAUUUAUUACAUGAAUGAAUCUAAUAAUGGAGAAGCAGAAUCUUUGAUAAUCCCAGUGGAGCGUGCUAAAGGUCGAUUUGAUAGCGUCAUUGUUAAAUGGGACAUCACUCCGGGCACAGGUGUUGACAUCAUCCCUGUGUCUGGAACAAUAACCUUUGGAUCUAAGCAGGACCAGGGCUUCAUACAUUUGAAUUCUGUCUCUGACACUAUACCAGAACCAGAGGAGAAUUUUACCAUUUCCCUGAGUAUUUACAGCGGUAAGGCAAGAAUCGGCUCCCGUGACCAGGCCCUGGUGGUGAUUCGGGAGAACGACCACCGCCUGUAUUUCCGAGGUAGAGUGCGGCGUGCCGCUGUGUUGUCAGGAACACGAUUUCUGUUUGAAAGUAAAAUGUACACGAAAGAACCUGGAAUAGUGCAGCUGAAAAUUAAACGAGAAGGCCCUGGCACAGAGCGAGCUACAAUCCGGUACCAGACGGUAGAUAGCUCAGCUGUAGCAAACUCAGGAGAUUAUGUCCAAAUCAUAGCUCGGGAGCUGGUAUUUGAAGUUGGAGAAAUGGAGAGGACAAUUUCGGUGGAGAUCUUAAAUGAUGAUAUACCAGAGGGCAAUGAAACAUUCUAUGUUCAGAUAUUUGAUAUUCAAGGAGACUUGGUGUUGAGUGACUCCCCCAAUGCUUCCAUUACAAUCCUAGCCAAUGAUAAUGCUUACGGUGUAUUCAAAUUCAACCCUCCACUGCAAAUGUCCACAGAAGAGGGCAGUGCUGUCACACUUAACAUAUUGAGAACUGGCGGUACUUUUGGAGUUGUGGACGUAACCUGGGAAAUCCGAGAGGCAUUGACAAACAGACUGAUGUACGACGGUGGGGAGUUCGGCCGGGCCAACGGAACUGUGCGAUUUCCCAAGUACGAGGUGAACCAGCUGCUGGAGGUCACGCCGAGAAGGGACAGCACUCCAGAAGAGGAUAAAGACUUCAAAAUCCUACUGACAACCACAACAAUUAUUGAUGGAAUCCCAGACUCGAGCCUAGCAUCCAUUGCUGACAACAACAAUGAGGUGAGGCUGACAGUUGUCGCCAGUGAUGAUCCGUACGGGAAGUUCGCAUUCACUGCAGAGACAAAGUCCCUCACUAUAGCAGAGGAUUUCUAUCCCGGUCAGGAAUCCAGCACGAAAGCAAUAUUUACUGUUGAGAGAAGACAAGGCAUAUUUGGAAAUGUUGAGGUGCUGUGGGAAGUAUACAGUAGUGACAGAGGCAGAAGUCUGCCAAAGGUGUACGACUUGAUUCUGGUCGCUAACAUUCCCAGCAAAGUAGACAGGCAGCCAUCAAAAAGACGGCAAGGGACUGGCACUGAUGUGGUUUUCUUGACAGGAGCUGAGGAUAACUACCUGACUGUCCCCCCUCAGUCUCAGCCUCAGCCCACGGAGCUCCUGUCAGGGUUCUCCAUUAGUGCCUGGGUACAACCAGUCACAACAGGGAGUUACUACAUCGUGGCCAAAACCACAGACAACGGCAUCAGGCUGUUCUAUACCCUGAAGCUGGUGGCAGGGGUUGAAAACAUCCUGAUAUUUGGCUACUCUCAGCUAGGACAAAGUACACACAAGGAGAUCUCAAUAACAACAGAUCAGCAAUUGUUGGAUAAAAAGUGGCACCAUGUGCUGUUGACACAAGCAUCAGGAGACGUGAAAUUUUACCUAGAUGGACAGCGCAUAGGAAAAGAGGUUAUUGGAUCCCAGCCUUUGAUUGAUACCAAUGGAGUACUGCUUGUGGGAGCCAAGGCCCCGGGCACAGAGAAAUUUAUCGGUUAUCUUCAGGAUGUCAGAAUCUACACAGCGAUGCUUCAAGACAGUGAGAUAAAUGAGAUAUAUCAAACACCAGCUUGGCUCGAUGUGACCCCAAUAUCGGGAUACCUGAUCUACCUGGAGGGUAACAGAGAGAAGAAUUUGACCUUGACCUCAUUACAGGACCAGGAAGAGGAGAGUGAGGAAGUGUUCUCUGUACGUCUGCUUGCCGCAAAGAAUGGAGGAACUUUAUCUGAUAAGGACCAUAUAGCAACACUAACAAUUUUAAAGAGUGACAAUGCCAAUGGUGUGUUCAGUAUCCUUGGUGACUGUACCCCCACCCACUCCACUCAGGAAAAUGAGGUGGUGACCUGUACUGUUGUACGUAACCGUGGUGAUGAUGGAGCUGUCAAUGUUACCUGGGCUGUGUUCCUGAGUGGGUCAGCUGUUCAGGCUGAAGGCGACUUUGUCAACAGCUCUGGUAUCAUUAGCUUUGAGGCAGGAGAAAGAAAAAAGGUGUUCACUCUGAUCGUUAAUGAUGAUGAUAUCCCAGAAGUCCAGGAGGUCUUUGACAUCAAGUUGACCUCAGCACUCACAGGGUCAUCAGGACCCACUAAUACCAGCGGAGCCAGUAUUGACCUGUCUGCCUCCACCUCCCGUUUCACAAUACUGAAGAAUGAUAACUCCAAUGGCUUACUUCAGUUCUCCAACUCCUCUCUCCCACCACCUGGAAAUGGGAUUAUCCCACCUGCUACACAGAAACCAGUGGUUUAUUUCCCUGAGAAAUCGGGACUGAUUACUGUGAUAGUGGAGAGAGCCCAGGGCACGGAGGGACAGGUGGAAGUAGAAUGGAGGACCUCAGAUAUUACAGCCAGGAGUAGUGGCAAAACACCAAUUGACUACCAAGGUAAUGCUGGGAAGCUGUACUUUAGUGAUGGAGAACGGUAUGAGGUUAUCAACAUUGUCAUCGUGGACAAUGAUAUCCCAGAGGACCAGAAAACCUUCAGAAUUGACUUGUUUAAUCCACAAGGUGGUGCUCUAUUGGGUGUAGCCAGCUCUGUUACCGUGGUGAUCACACAUUCUGAUGGGGCUUACGGGGUGUUUGAGUUUGAUGAGGAAUCCCUGAAUGUCCAGGCCUUGGAGAGAGGGGACUCUGGCUUUACAUCCACCGGAUUCAAGGUGAUUCGUAAGCAAGGUAACAUUGGAACAGUGUCUGUUAAAUGGCUGCUGACAGGUAACCCCGGUGAUGAUGUGGAGAAGACAGAGGGCACAGAAACCUUCCAGAUUGGGAGGGUGGAGGCCAUAUUGUAUGUGAACGUGAAAGGGGACUCUCUACCAGAACUGGACAAAACUUACCAGCUUCUGCUCACUGAUGCCACACCAGGUAGCAUUGGAGCAAAGUCUGUCAGCAACUUUACCAUUCUGGCCAAUGACAAUCCUUAUGGAGUCUUCCAAAUAGGGGAGGACUUCAGGCCACUUCAGGUGGAUGAACAGUUCAAGAAUGUGUCGAUCACGAUCAGUAGAUACGGAAUAUAUGGAGAAGUGGAAGUAUUCUACAAAACCCUCUACCCUAAUGAGACAAACCUUCCUUACCUCCCCACGGUCUUGGCUCGGGCUGACAGCAGUGAUUUCCGACAUGUAGAAGGCAGUGUUGUCUUCCGUCAAAAUCAGAGUUCAGCUACAUUCAAUGUGCUUGUGAUGGAUGACAACAUACCAGAGACAGAUGAGUCUGUGUUUGUCAAGCUGUCCAGGGUCGUACUUCUUAAGCAAGCACAGAGUAGGCCAAUAACAGAUUCUCCCAGUAUAGGGACAGCAGCCUGGGCCUUUGGACAGAUCAUCAUCAGGAGUAACGAUAACGCCCACGGGACUCUGGUCCUCAGUCCAGUCUCUGUCUCCAUACCCGAGAAUGCCACCGAUGUGGGAGUGUCUGUCGUCAGACAGGGGGGCUCUUUCGGGGAGGUAUCUGUGAAGUUUCGUGUUGCAAAUAACACAGCUCUACAGGGGCUGGAUUAUGAAGUACUGACUGACAUGGUCACUCUCCCAGAGGGUGUGGUCUCAAAGACCCUGCCCAUUCGCUUGAUUGAUGACCUUAUUCCUGAACAGCAGGAGGUGUUUUAUGUGGAGCUUGAGAAUCAGGUGACCGGUGGAGCUGUGCUGGGAAACAGUUCUUAUGCUGUGGUCACCAUUCUUCCUUCAGACGACCCUAAUGGACUAUUUGAAUUUGAUGUGAGUGGAUUGAGUGUAGAGGAACCAGAGACUGGAUCUCCUGUUACAGUAACUAUAAAUGUGGUCAGAAAGGGGGGCACCAUGAAUGUGGUCACUGUCCUGUGGUCAGCUUCAUUAAACAAUGCCUCUCCCUCAGAAGACAUUAACCCCACCAGUGGAGCCCUCCAUUUUGUGAGUAAUGAGGGGAGGAGACAGAUCCUCAUCACCAUUCUGCCGGAUGAUUUACCCGAGGGGAGGGAGGAUAUUGUGUUGACACUGGUGUCCGCUAACAAUGGGAGCAUAGGCACCAACAGGAAUUUUAUUCUCUCCAUACAAGCUAAUGAUAAUCCACACGGAACCGUGCAGUUCUCUGCCAGUCGGUACAAUGUUACAGAAGAACCCACUAAUAGUGUGCAGUAUCUCACACUGUCUAGAAGUGGAGGUGCGUAUGGACAGUUAAGAGUGUAUUACAGUACUGUCCAGCUUUUUCUAGAUUCCAACACUGACCCUUUGACCUUUUUUGAUCCACCAAUCAAUGGCACCAGAGGAAUGACUGGUCAGAUUUUCAGUGCUGGGUCCAGUCCCAACUCUCUAAAGGCCUGUGCAGACAACUGCCUGAGGACCUCCUCCUGUGUGGCGUUUGAGUUUUCCUCCAUUGAUAACAUUUCCCUGUGUAUGUGGUUUACUACCCGAACAAGUCAGGCCAUUUCUCCGCAAAGCAACUUCCAGUACUACACCAAAAAUGUUGUCAAGGUGGAGAAACUACAGAGGGGGGCAGCAACUGCUGGACAAGAUUUCAGUGUGGUAACCAAUGGAUAUGUCAUGGUCAGUGAUGGGGCCGCCUCUGGACAACUACCGGUCAGCAUUUUAGCUGACAACAUUCCUGAACUGGAUGAAGUGUUCCUGGUUAGGCUAAUUCAGAUAGAGGUGGCUAGCGCUGAUGCUUCGGUGAAGUACCCCCCACAGCUGGGACAGGCCAAUCAGGCAGCAGUUAACAUAUUAAAGAAUGACAAUGCCUAUGGGAAGUUCCGAUUGGUCAGUGAGAGUCCCCAGGCCUCAGGUGGUGGAACUGCAGUGGGGGUAGAGGAGAAACCAAAGCUGGCUGUGGACCUGGUGGUGGAGAGACUAGGUGGUAACCUUGGAGAGGUCAGUGUGGAGUGGUUCGUCAAUACCACUCUCAGUACAGCAGAGUACAAAAAGGAUUUCCUGGCAGAUGGCGCCACUUUGGACUUUAUCCCAGGACAGACAAGGAGAGUAAUCGCAGUCACUGUACUGGAUGACGAUGUUCCUGAAGAAAAUAAAACAAUAGUAGUAAAGCUUCGCAAUCCACAAGGUGGUGCUGAGGUAGAGGUCGGCACUGGGGUCACAGUGACUAUAAUGGAGAAUGACAAUGUGGCAGGAGUGUUGGGUUUUGACAGUUCCUCAGUCCUGGCAAAAGAAGGAGAACAAGUGACAAUCCAAGUACUGCGUACUAAGUCAGCCCAGGGCUCCGUGUCCGUAGACUGGGAGAUUCAGGGCCUGAAUGGGCUGCUACCCAAGGAGGGCUUCCUCAGAGACAAAGGAACACUGAUGUUUUUUCCGAGAGAAGUCUCAAAGAUGAUAACCUUGAAUGUGAAGUCUGAUGACAAACCAGAGAGAAACGAAGAGUACCAGAUUCAUUUAGUGAACAUAACAACAUAUGGAAUUGGUGCUUCCGGUGCUGCAGUUGUUGACCCCCUUUUACAGACUGCCAGUAUUACUAUAAAGGGGAGUAAUGACCCUCAUGGGGUCAUUCAGUUUUCCCAGAAUUCCCUUCAAGUCAGAACAGAGGAAGCGAACCGUGUUGUAAAACUACAGAUUGAUAGAAAGUUUGGAGCUAUAGGCACUGUUCGUGUUUCUUAUUCCAUAUCCUCCGGCUCUGUAACACCGCUGUCUGAUGAGCUCCUGGGUGCCAAACCCACUGAAGACUUCACGGCGGUGCAGGGCUACAUUGACAUACCCGACAACAAUGUGUCAGCAAGCAUCAGUGUACAGAUUGUGGACGAUGGCCUGCCGGAGGUGGACGAGGCAUUCAUUGUGACUCUUAAGGGAGUAACAUUAGUAAAUACUACAGACGCCAGCAGUUUGCCGCCAAGGCUAGAUAAUAACAAGACGGUUUCACAGAUCAUCAUCAAUGCCAAUGAUGGAACAAAAGGAGUUGUUAAAUUUGGCUCAGACUCCUACAAUGUGAACGUAGAUGAAAUUUCAAAGAACAUUAGUCUGUCUGUCAUUCGCACUCAAGGAACCUUUGGAAAUGUGUCGGUGUUCUACUAUGCAAAGAGCAUCGUGGAGGGAACCACCCAGGGCUUGGACUACGCCAUUACCCCACAGGAAAUCUUCUUUGCCAAAGGAGAGAAUCAGAGGUACAUUAUGUUGGAAAUUCUGGAUGAUGAUAUUGCAGAGCCUGAUGAGACAUUCCAGGUCAUUCUGUCUCAGCCUAGGGAUGGAGUGGAGAUUGGGGAACCAUUCAAAGCUAAUAUCACCAUACUGGCUAAUGAUGGAGCGAGAGGAACAGUUACAUUUAAAUCCCAGGACGUCAUCAGAAUUGAGGAAUCUCCCGGGGUGAAUUUGACAUUAAAUAUUGCCCGCCUGGAAGUUGUCAGAGGACCAGGGAUCUUUGGGGUAGUCAAUGUUCCAUUUAGGGUGAUCCCAGAAAAGGCAGACAACUCAGCAGAUCUUACUCCUACACAAGGAGUUGUUACAUUUCAGGACAGACAGGAUAAAGUGUUCUUGGAACUGACAGCCCUAGAUGAUGACUUGCCAGAACAUGAUGAGAUAUUUACCGUCCGUCUUCUGGCCCCAGAUAACUCAGCCAAGCUUGGUACACUGGCUGAGAAAAAUGUCAUCAUUGUGACCAAUGACUCUCCCACCGGACUCAUGCAGAUCAGUGUUAGACAUACUACAAAUGAUACAAUUUAUGUGGAGGAGAACAUUGGGCAGAUUUUCUUUGACGUUACAAGAUCCCAGGGUUCUGAUGGCACAGUUACAGUAGAUCUGGCUACCCGGCCAGACACAGCAGUUGUCAACACUGACCUCAAACAGGUGACCCUGUCACCACUGGAAACAGUCAUUACAUCACAGGUCACAGGGUGGCACAGUUUCUAUAGCAAUGACACAUUAUACCUGGUGAUGUUAACUUCUUAUCGGGUUGGUGAACUGACUACUGGGAUUGGAAGUGCAGGAAAUGACUCGGCUUUCAGCGUAGAGCGCUUCUUGUACUCAACUCUGUUUAAGUGGCAGGGACAGUUGGUUCCAGUACAAACAAUAGAAACAGAUGUUGCUGUAGCUGCCACUGCCUUUUCCAUUGGUUUAUCCACGUAUCUUGUGAUUGGUAACUUUGGCAAUGUCCGGAGAUAUGAAACUAAAUCAAGGCUGUACAGAGUGAACCAAGAUUCUUCUCUCCUAGUGUUACAAGAUUUCCUGACUAAGGGAGCCACAGAUGUGGGCUACUUCAGCAGUGGUGAUGACCAUUUUCUUGUUUUUUCUAACUCCCGCAAUAACAAUGGAGAGACACUGGUGAACGUCGAUGUGUAUAAAUGGGACAACUCAACGAGACUGUUUACACCAUCUCCUUGGCAAAGUUUAGAGAACCAGGGGGCAUCAGCUGUUGCUGUAGUGAAAAUAGAGGGAGUGAUUUACAUGGCUGUCGCUAAUAACUACAACUCAAAACUGAAGACUUACUCGGUGCAUUCUAUUGUGUAUAAGCUUGGGGACAAUCAGAAAUUUUCUGAGCACCAGAGGAUUGAGACACAUGGAGGAACUGAUGCCAACUUUUUACAGAUCCAUUCGCUGACCCUGCUGGUGUUUGCCAGUAACCGUGGUGAUGUUGUCAGUAGUCCCCAGACAUCUGCUGUGUACCGAUGGGAUUCCACUGCACAAACCUUUUUCAGACACACAGACAUACAAACAAACAGAGUGAAUAAGAUAUCCUCAUUCAUUGGCACAGACAAUACAGGAUAUCUAGCUGUUGCUAACACAAUUGGAAAUUCUGCUAUCUAUGCCUGGGAUGUUCAGAAUCAGAGAUUUGACUCAGUUUGGAGCGGUCCUCCAGCCAAUGAGCUGUUCCCUGUGAUGGUUACCCAGGCAACAGGUGCCUUUGUAUUAAUACCCAAGGUAGAUGUGGAUCCUAAGGCCAACUGUACAAUAUUCCAUCUCAUCAAAGUCACCAGUAGUGAUUUCUCACCAAGAACAAUAACAUUGACCUUUGAACCAGGUCAGAGGUUAAGGACAACCAGUGUGGAAAUUCUGGAGGAUUAUCUCCCAGAGAACACGGAGACAUUUUUUGUCACCCUCUCUAACCCGACAGGGGGUGCCACUAUAGGAACCAAAAAUAAGAUCACAGUCAACAUCCUCUCUAAUGACAAUGCUCACGGAAUCAUAGAAUUUGCAGAGGAUUCAAGGGAGUUAACUGUACAGGAGCUGGACCAUAAGGACAGUACUAUUCAGCUGAAUGUGGUCAGACAGCAGGGGUUCUUUGGCCGAGUGGUGGUCACGUGGUCAGCAUCAGGUGAUCAGAGUGGACUCAGUGACAUUACACCACUCUCUGGGCAGGUGGAGUUUGCCAAUGGUCAGUCUGUGGCCACUAUAUCCCUGACCAUACUGAAUGAUAACCUGGCAGAACUUCCAGAGGUCACUUUCAUCAGGUUGCUGAAGGUCACAGAAUCAGGGUCAACAUUGGAUGGCAAAGGGGCAAAACUUGGUCCUAAUAAUGUUGCUAAAAUGGUGGUCCAAGCCAAUGAUUCUCCCUAUGGAGUGGUGCUUUGGGAGAGACAGAGUGUUACAGUCAAUGAACCAGAGGGCUCGGACCAAUCACUGACCGUUUAUAUCAUCAGACAGCAGGGCAUGAUGGGAGAUCUUCAAGUCCUCUACCAAACAGCACCUGAUUAUGGUGUGUCGGUGGAUAAUCAGGCUAUCUCAGGCUUGGACUUUGUCAGCCAAAAGGCAAUAGCAGUUCUACAGGAGAAUGUCACAAGAGUGGAUGUUAGUGUUGUCAUCAAGCAGGAUGAUUUCCCAGAAGCAGAAGAGUCCUUCCUGUUAAACAUCACAGAGGUCAGGGUUAUGGGAAUCACACCUCCCCCUGGGGCUGAGCCCAGUGUCAAGAUUCCGGGAAACAUACUUAGAGCCAGCAUCAAUGAAAAUGAUGGAAUUAGGGGAAUUGUGCAGUUUAAUGUGACAACGAACAUCGAGGGUAGGAUUGACGUCUAUGAAGAGUUUGGACGUAACACCUCUGUAAAGCUGAGAGUCAGUCGCAGUAUUGGUUUCCUAGGAGAUGCAACCUUGACCUGGCAGGCAGAGCCAAGAGAAGCAAGCGUCCUUGACUUUUGGCCUUCCAGUGGAACAGUUACUUUGAAGAAUGAACAGGCACACACAGAUAUCAUUAUCUAUAUUCUGGAUGACACAAUAAAUGAACCCAUGGAGACUUUCGAUGUGAAGUUGCUAAGCGUCAGCAGUGGGCUGUCCCAGCUGGGAGCCAUGACAUCAGUGAGAGUAGCCAUCCUGAAAAAUGAUUCUCCCAAUGGACUGUUUAGAUUUUUGCAAUCAGAGGUCAGAGUGAAGGAGUCGACCAGGCCCUCUGACUCUGAAGGGGAGAUUACUCUAACUGUGGAACGUAUACAGGGAAGUGAAGGGGUUGUAAACGUACAUUGGAGGUUAAAUGCAGAAGCUUUCAAUGAUUUUGAAGAACCUAGAGCCGGCCGUUUGCAGUUUGCUCAAGGAGAGAAGACUAAAACCAUCACCUUAAGAACAAAACAGGACUCUACCCUGGAAGGGGAGGAGAGAUUCCGAGCAUCGCUGAUCUCGGCUGACAACAGUGCUGACAUAUCCUCCACACAGGGAGACUGCACCAUCAUAGUGGAGGCAGACCCUGGGGCCAGGGGCACCAUCAGCAUCCUCCCAGAGUACAGGACUGUCUAUAUAGGAGAACCAGGGGAAUCCAGGCCAUCCUAUGAUGGUCAGGUCAAGGUCAUGAUCACACGUGGCCUCGGUAUCUAUGGCAGUGUCAGUGUUACAUGGUCCUUGACCCCUAGAGAGACUGCAGCUUUCCAUCAAGUUGAAGGGAUAGUCAGUUUGGCUGAUCUACAACAAACAGCCUUCAUCACAUUGCAGGCCAUAGAUGACACAGUUCCUGAGAGGAGGACCACCUAUAAUCUCCACCUGACGUCUGCUACAGGGGGAGCCACUAUUUCUCCUGACUCCAUCGCGUCCAUGGCCAAUGUUGUCUUUGUUGCCAGUGACAAUCCACAUGGAAGAUUUGAGUUUACACUGCCCCAGAUUACCACUAUCACAGAAGAUAUUAAUCAGGUAACAGUCUCUGUAGUCAGAACAGAUGGAAAUGAUGAGCAAGUGUUUGUCACUUAUACCACCACUCCUGGAUCCGCCCAGAGUUAUGCAGAUUUUUACCCAGCAGCCAACACCCUAACAUUCCAGCAGGGUCAGACUAUACAGCCCAUUGAAAUCCGGAUCAUACAGGAUGACCUUCCGGAGGGACCAGAGGAGUUUUUUGUGAAUUUGACGUCUGCUCGACUAGUGAAUCCAAGCAAGAAUAACUACUCAGAGGUGAAUGGUCUUCAGCUGGACAUGAAGCCCAGCAUAGGAGCAAUGGCUGUAAAGACUAUCUUGAUAGAUAAAAAUGACAAUGCUGAGGGUAUAAUACAGUUUGACGUCCCAGGAGGCAACUUUAAGGUUUCUGAAGAAUCAGGUUUAGCCCAGAUUCCACUGAGGAGAGAGGGAGGGAACUACGGUGACAUUGAAAUAACUUACUUAGUGCGGAACAUCACAGCCAUUCCGAAAGUGGACUAUGUUGUCAGUAGCAACAAGGUCACCAUGGGAGAUGGCAGCAGGAACACCACCAUUGAUAUAACAAUCAGGGAUGAUUCAGAAAUGGAAUUUGAAGAGACGUUUGAAGUGAAACUGCUGUCUGUAUCAGGUCAGGCCAAACUAGGAAACCCUAACAUAACACUGGUAACCAUCUUGAAGUCGGAUUUCCCCAAUGGAAACUUUGGCUUCAGAAGUCCACUGAACUAUAGAUUCCCUAAUCCCGAGAGACUGACACAGCAGACCCUGACGAUAGAGAGGAGAGGAGGGCUGGAGGGUCAACAGACUGUUUAUUGGAGAAUAAUGGGCCCAAACAAUCCUCUACAAGUCUUGGAAGCUACCAAUGACAUAAGUAUGGUGUCCGGUAAUAAAGAGGUCACCACGGGAUCACUGCAGUGGAGUGGUGGAGAAAGUGGAGAGAAGUCAUUUGUUCUGGACCUGAAGCCAUUCUCCUCCUGGGAGGUGGAAAAGACAUUUGUUGUGGAGAUAUACAGAGUACAGGGAAGUCCCCAGGGGACAGGAAAUGGGGAGAUCAGCGCCUCCGCUGGAAAAACAACCAUUACAAUAGAGAAAUUAGGGCAUCCCAAUGGGAUAGUGAGGUUUGAGGGACUGGCCCAGUCAGUUAGAACAGUGGAGGAACCAGAAGGGAUUGCUCCUCUAGAACUUCAGUUUCCCAUCAGCAGGAGGUUUACCACAGGCAGUAUACAGAUCAAGUGGACCAUAGAAGGUAGUUAUGAUGAAAAAGCUCCAGACUUCCAGCCUCGAAAUGGCACGGUGCUGAUGGCAGAUGGACAGAAGGACUCGGCAAUUGUCAUACAAGUACUUCCUGAUAGCAUCUCGGAGCUAACAGAAACAUUCUCAUUGGUUCUCCUGUCAGCAGUAGGUGGGGCAGAAAUUGACACACAAUUCAACUCAUCUAAAUUCAAAAUUCUGUACAAUGACUACCCUCAUGGGUUGUUUGGAGUCCAGCAAGCCCUGCAGUCUGUGUAUGUGAACCCAGCAGACCUGAAUAGAUUUGUCAGACUAAAUAUCACAAGAUAUUAUGGAACUUUUGGGGCAGUAAUAGUUACCUUUAACAUAAAAUAUGAUCAGCCACUCUCAGGGGUCAUUUUGAGUAAGAGCUCAGGGACUGUGCAAUUUAAUGAGAAGACAACUGUGAUGACACAGGACAUUCUGAUUGGUGGAGAUGGCUUCCUGGCAUUAGACACAACCUUUACAAUUACCUUAACACAAGUCCAGUUUUUGGGAGAAGGAGUGACAGACCCACCCAAUUUUAAAGCUGGAGAAACUGAGACAAAGGUCAAGGUCCCUGCACUGGCUGGCAACAGUGAGGUGGGCUUCACAGAUACUCUGGGAAACAUUGAUGAAGAGACGGGAACAGCCACUUUGACACUAACUCGCCAGGGACUGUAUGGAACCAUUCAUGUCCCAUGGAACAGUGGGUUUCCCUCUGGUGGCAAACCAGAGUUCUUCACUGAAGGGCAGAUAACUCCACCCACUGGAUCUCUUACAAUUCAACAUGGGAUACAAACCAAGAACUUCACUGUUUCUGUUGUUGCUGUUCUAAAUAGAACAGAGUUGUUUGCCCUUCAUUUGACAAAAGCGCCCCCUACUACAGCCAGGGGAGGAGCCAGACUGUCCAUCACUCACAAUGUCAUUAAACUGGAACCUCACGGGAUUAUCCGGUUCGCUCCUAACUCCACACACCCUCAGAGUGUCUCGGAAAUGGAAAGCACAAUUAGUUUAAUGGUCCAGAGGGUUUAUGGUUCGGAGGGUAAAAUAGAGAUCACAUACAGGUCAAUAGAAAUCAGUGCACAAAGAGGUUCAGAUUUCAUCACCUCGGAAACGAAUGCCAUAGUGAUGGACCCUGGAGUGACCUCAGGCCUCAUCACUAUACAGGUUCGUCAAGACAAUAUACCAGAAGAAGAGGAGAUAUUUACUGUCAACCUGACACACGUAGAAAAGUACCCAACAGAGAUUAUCCCAAAAAUAUCUCCUAGACUGAGCUAUUUGGCCUCAAGUUCUGUUGUCAAAAUCAAAGAAAGCAACGAUGCUUAUGGGGUGCUGAACCUUGAACCAACGUCAUUUGCAAUUGACGAGGAAAACCGACAGAUUAACUUCACAGUCCGAAGAACAGGUGGUUUGUAUGGUACUAUCAGCGCACGCGUGAGAACAGUUGGUGGAGGAGAAUCUUGGACUACCCAGAUAGUCCCCGAGCUGAACCCCUCCUCUAAUGACACCAUUACCCAGAUCCUGGGGGCCAGGAAUGGAGUGAAUGCAGCCACAGCAGUCCGGGACUAUGAGAUGCUGGAUACCAGAGUGGAGUUCAAGCAAAAUGAGCAGGUGAAGUUUGUCUCAGUUGAGAUACUCUCAGACACACUGCCUGAGCCAGAUGAGACAGUUAUUGUGUAUCUUGCUCAACCAACAGGCGAUGCCAGGAUAGCCAAAGGAUCCCCAGAUGGAGGCAAAAAAGGAUUUUCUGUCAUUACAAUAAGACAGAACGACUUAUCCAAUGGUGUCGUAGGAUUUGCUCAAAGUUCAAAGGUCAUCACAGUCAAUGAGGACACAUCUCCAGCAUUUUCUCUGACUCUUGCCAGAAGUGAUGCAAAAUAUGGGGAUGUGGUGGUGACCUGGAAGACUAAGCUGUCUGUGGACAGUACUGAGGCACAGGAUGCUGUCCUUGGAAGACAGCUACAACUGACCGCAGGGACCACAACCUGUCCUGCCCUCCAAAACACCUGUCAGCUCAACAUUACCCUCGUCAAUGACCAGGAACCAGAAGAGAGCCACGAGUUCAUAGUGGUGCUUACAGGUGUCAGAAAUGAUGCACGUCUUGAUGAACAGAAUGUUGUUGCUAAGGUGAUUGUGGAACCCAGUGACAAUGUUAGAGGACUUAUCCAGUUUACGAAAAAUUCCAGAGUUGUUGUGAUUGGGAAAAGUGACAGAAAUGUUCGUUUACAAGUGGAGAGGCUGAAAGGGCGUGGCUACCGUGUGGAGGUGGGCUAUCAGACAUUACAGAUGACCAAUCAGGAAUCUCUUUAUGGAAUCAGGAUAAAUCCAGCACUAGAGAGUGAAGAUUAUCAGGCAAAUGUGGGAACCUUAGAAUUUGAAGAAAACAGACAGGAGCUGAAGUACAUAGACAUCAGUAUGACCCCAGUCACUGCCUCCAGUAAUCCUCUCCCCAAACAGUUCUUUGUGCAGCUCAAAGCCCCAACAGGGGGAGCAAGCCUUCAUUCAGACAGCUCUUAUAACAGAGCCAUCAUAAGGAUUGUGGAGGAUGCAGCCAAGUCAAUCUGGACAACAGUGACUGACAGAGACAGUGGAUCCUUAAGCAAUGACACCAACCUUCUGACAACUUUGAGCAUAUUGGAUGAGAUUGCUAAGAACUGGCUGGACCAGACAGAGAUGAUACUGGUUGAGAAUAUUUUGAAGGACAUGAUAGAUGAAGGUCAAAGAAGAAGGAUGUCGUCUCAAGUUUUGAACCAAUUGUUGAAUGUAUUGUGCAACCUGAUGAACCCAAACAAGGCUGACGCUACCAGGGGACGUCACUCUUUAUCUGAUCUCAUGGAAAAUCUGGCCUACGCCUCACUGACUGGCACUCAGUGUCCCAACCCCUCCCCCCCAGAAAUAAGCAGCCUACAGUGUGUCUAUGCUAAAAUGUCUGCAGCAAGAUGGCCAUUGCAACAAAUUCUGAACUACAAAUAUUCUGCACAGAGACAAGACACCUUCACAGUGCCAUCAGCCAUCCCCAAUCCUCCCACUCCUGUAGGUAGUAAUUGCCUAGAUAUGCACAUCAUUGAGUACAACAGUGAGCAAUGGUUUAUGAAAUCAGGAAGAAAGGAGCUGCUGUCUAACAAGGUAAUUUCUUUUGGUAUUAAGGGGAAGCCCUCGACCUACAGUGAGAUCCCAGCAAGAUUCAUAAUCCACACUCCAGAUCGUAGAAUAGCUGCCAGGACUGCCCAGUGCGUGUAUUUUGAUACUUCUGUGAAUGAGUGGGUGAGUCCCAGAGGAGUGUGUGGUGUCAAUAAUAAUCUGGAGGAUGGUCAAGAUGACUUCGUGGACUGUUCCUGUAAACACAUGACUCAGUAUGCGGUUAAAGCCAACGCCAUAGAUCCAGGACUGGCCGGUUACUCCACUGCCUUCUAUGUAGCCAGCUUUAUAUGUAUGAUUGCCAUGCUCCUUGCCAUCAUCAUCCAUCAUGUCUUUUCUACUGUCUAUGCCAUGUUUUCUGCCAGUCUACUCAUGCACAUGUUGUUUGCAUGUUUUGCUACUCAGUUGUGUUACAUCGUGGCAGCCUUCACCAGUCCCACAGAGAUCCUAGUGAGUAGCCUGGGGCAGGAUAACUACCGCUGUAUCGUGAUGGGGCUAUUCCUGCAUUAUUUCUUCCUGUCACAGUUCACAUGGAUUUUCUCACAGACUCUAAAUUUCUGGAAAAUCCUUGUGAUGAAUGAUGAACAUACAGAUCGGAAAUAUGUUCUGUUUUUCAUGUUGGGAUGGGGUCUGCCUUUGGCAAUUGUGGCAGUAUUUUACAUUGUGACAUUCAUCCUGUACAAAUACCAGUAUGGAGUGCCGGUGGACUUCAUAUAUGGAGAUGUCAACAACAAUGGCCAAAUGUGCUUCGUCACUAAUUCAUAUGCUGCCUUAGGAGGAGUUAUUGCCCCUGUCCUGCUGAUUCUGCUGUUUGUGGCUGUUGUCUUUGUUAAGGCCUUCCAAGUAACCCCCCAGUGGCAGGCUUAUGAUGACAUAUACAGAGGAAGAUACAACAUCAAUGAGAUCCGUACCCUGCUGUGCUUCUGGUUUGUGAUUGCCGUAACCUGGCUGUGGGGUGGACUACACCUGGCCUACGGUCAGCUCUGGAUGCUGGUCAUGUUCUGCAUAUUUAACAUCAUUCAGGGCUUGCUGGUGAUUGUCCUGUACACAGUACUGAGGAACCCCUGUGUACAGGAGUGCCUAGGACCUCAGAAGCGAGCCUACACCAUGUCCACAGAGAAUCUUCAACAGAAUGGAAGUGUGCCUGUGGACUUCCAUCAUGCCUUCACUAAUGAGAUAGGCAGUCUUAAAGGAUCCACUGCCUCAGUAGUUAAUGAGGAAUGGGAAAAAGAGUCAACAAUGCCAUCUAAAUCCACCACUAUGAAGGUGAAGAGAACACUGCCCUCUAGUGGCAACAUUUAUGUGACACCACCUGUGUUAAUCCGUGAUGGCGAUGAUGAUUUUCAGGACCUUUUGCAUGCACUGAAAACACAAGAGAGUUCUAGUGAUGCUGACAGUGUCAUGUCAGACAAGGUGUCGGAAAUCUCCAGUAAAGUCGACCGUUAUGAAAUGAGAAGGAUAUCUAUAGCAGAUACUCAUUUAUAAUGAAAUAUGAAUUAUAGAACACUUUUAAUUUUCAAACAAAAUAUAUUAUUAUGUACAGUAUCUGCAAUGAGUCAGAAAGAGAUUACUCCCAGUGAUUUUAAUACAUAUUUUACAUGUGUAGAUGUUGUGAAAUUACAAUUUUAAAGUGUAUUUUUAAAAUGUUUUAUUAUAAAUCAUUUUGUAGAUUGUUUAUCAGUGUUUUGUUUUGUACAACAAAUAUAUUUAUGCUUUAAAGUUUCAAAAAUAUUUUAUGAAGCCAUAUCUCAAAAUUUCAUGUUCACAGUUUUAGACAACAUACUAAAAAGCAUGCACUUAUUGAAUGUAUCAAUUUUCAUAAUUUAGAGGUGUCAUAACAUUGGUUAAAUUCCUUCUAUUAAACAUAUUUUACAUUUUGCAGUUAAAUGUA